CGUCGGAGGGCCCCCGGGCCCCGUCACCUAUGCAUGGCUCGGUGGGGACGGGUGGACCCCGGGCAGCCUGCUGUCACCUGCCGAGCGAGCUGCUGCGGGAGCCAGGAGAGAUCUAGGGGAAGGUGGAAGCGUCCGCUGCCCGCGCGUUUCCUUCGCUGCGGCUGCUGUGUGAGAAAACGGCUGUGGGUGUUCUCGGGCCCUUGCAUCACCGAUGCAAAAGGCCGGUGCUGGUUCUUCAGAAUGAAGCCCUUUACCCACAGCGGCGCUCCUACACCAGCGAGGAUGAGGCCUGGAAGUCUUUCCUGGAAAACCCUCUCACGGCGGCCACCAAAGCGAUGAUGAGCAUCAAUGGCGACGAGGACAGUGCCGCCGCCCUGGGCCUGCUCUAUGACUACUACAAGGUUCCCAGAGAGCGCCGGGCAUCUGCAGCCAAGCCAGAGGGGGAGCACCAGGAUCCAGAGCACAGCAAACGACCCAGCAUGCCGAAUGUGCCGGAGCAGCCCCUCAUUUCUGCUGGCGAAAACAGGGUGCAAGUGCUGAAGAACAUGCCCUUCAACAUUGUCCUCCCCCACGGCAACCAGCUGGGCGCCGAUAAGAGAGGCCACCUGACGGCUCCUGAUACAACAGUCACUGUCUCCAUAGCAACCAUGCCUCCCCACUCCAUCAAGACCGAAAUCCAGCCGCACGGCUUUGCUGUGGGCAUCCCCCCAUCCGUGUACCACCCUGAGCCCGCCGCCGCCGCCGCCGCCGAGCGCGUGGUGGUGUUUGACCGGAGCCUCAGCACUGACCAGUUCAGCUCCGGCACUCAGCCUCCCAACGCUCAGCGGAGGACCCCAGACUCCACCUUCUCGGAGACCUUCAAGGAGGGCGUUCAGGAGGUUUUCUUCCCCUCGGACCUCAGUCUUCGGAUGCCGGGCAUGAAUUCAGAGGACUAUGUGUUUGACAGUGUUUCUGGGAACAACUUUGAGUAUACCCUAGAAGCCUCCAAGUCACUCCGGCAGAAGCAAGGGGACAGCACUAUGACUUACCUGAACAAAGGCCAGUUCUAUCCAGUCACCUUAAAGGAAGUGAGCAGCAAUGAAGGGGUCCACCACCCGAUCAGCAAAGUUCGAAGCGUGAUCAUGGUGGUUUUCGCCGAGGACAAAAGCAGGGAAGACCAGCUGAGACACUGGAAGUAUUGGCACUCCCGGCAACACACGGCCAAGCAGAGGUGCAUUGACAUUGCCGACUACAAAGAAAGCUUCAAUACUAUCAGCAACAUUGAAGAGAUUGCUUACAAUGCCAUUUCCUUCACCUGGGACAUCAACGACGAAGCGAAGGUGUUCAUCUCCGUGAACUGCUUAAGCACGGAUUUCUCUUCUCAGAAGGGCGUGAAGGGCUUACCGCUCAACAUCCAGAUCGACACCUACAGCUAUAACAACCGUAGCAACAAGCCGGUCCACCGAGCCUACUGCCAGAUAAAGGUCUUCUGCGACAAGGGCGCCGAGCGGAAAAUCAGGGACGAAGAGCGGAAGCAGAGCAAGAGAAAAGUUCCCGAUGUUAAGGUGCAACUGCUUCCCUCACACAAACGGACGGACAUCACGGUGUUCAAGCCCUUCCUGGAUCUGGAAACCCAGCCGGUCCUCUUCAUCCCCGAUGUGCAUUUUACCAACCUGCAGCGGGGCAGUCACGUUCUUCCCAUCCCCCCUGAAGAUCUGGAAGGUGAAGGGUCUGUCUUGAAAAGGGGGCCCUUUGGAACCGAGGAUGACUUCAUAGUGCCUCCACCUGCAAAGCUGACCCGGACAGAGGAACCCAAGAGAGUGCUGCUCUAUGUCCGAAAGGAGUCGGAAGAAGUCUUCGAUGCUCUGAUGCUCAAGACGCCGUCUUUGAAGGGCUUGAUGGAGGCAAUCUCAGACAAGUAUGACGUCCCCCAUGACAAGAUUGGGAAAAUAUUUAAGAAGUGCAAAAAAGGGAUCCUGGUGAACAUGGACGACAACAUCGUGAAACACUAUUCCAACGAAGACACCUUCCAGCUGCAGAUUGAAGAAGCCGGCGGGUCGUACAAGCUCACCCUGACAGAGAUCUAAGGUGCGGGGCCCUCAGCCCCCAGGUGUGGGAGUUCACUGAAAAUGUCCCGUAGAACUUACAGUUUGGCCAGCUGAGGAGCCCGGGCACCCACCCUGCGGACACCUUGAAUAUCAGGGAAGGAACCUUUCACGUGGGAGAUGGCGCUGCCUGUCACAUGCCGUGUUGGUGUUUCCCGUGUGAUAGAAAUCCAUACGUUGUUGUGUUUGAAUUUCUGAUGUGCUUAGAAAGCAGAGCGUGAGGACUUUGUACUUGAUAUAAGACUGUGGGAACCUUUGGGUUAUCUGCUACAUAACUUACCAAAUCUCGGGAGAUCUGCCUAUGUCCCGGAUAGCCGUGGGCCGCUGCCUGGCAAGUCGGGCAGGCAGUAGCUGGUCUUUGAGGAGUUUGCGCUCUUGCCUGACCGCGGUCUAACUCCAGCUGCCUUGGGGAGUGGGCCCAGCCCUGAGUAAUAAAGGGCUGCCCUCUCCCUCCUCCUCUCCUCCUCCGAUGUUUACUGAAUAGGGUGCAUCACUGGAACCUUUCUUGCAACUUCCUUGGACGUCUCGACUGCCUUUCUUAAGAAGAACUCCAGUGAGUGACUGUGCGGGGUUAUCUCAGUUAAAGCUGCGUUGUAUAUAAGUGCAAUAUCGUUCUGAAGGUCUGCCUGUAAAUGUGUACAUACAUGUCUGAUACAAAUCUAUAAUAUAUAAAGACGGUAUCUGUGUACAGAUAGUGAAGGCAAACAGGAAGAUCUGCUUUGAAAACCCUCCCCCAGAGAAGAGGCUAUUUUGGAUAACGUGGACCAAGCAGGUAGAAAGCAUCUUCCCAAACACGAGCAAGUGUUCCCUAGUGUAGCAAAAAGCCAUCCCGGGUGGCAGAGCCGCCUGCUCUGGAGCAUGUCAUCAUCACAUGGGCUUCUGCAGCCUGAGUGGAACUGAGGGAAGACUCGGCUGCAGCCACUGUGUGGGGUGUGCGUGCAGGUGUCAGCAAGCUGUGCCCUGCAGAGUCACGGCUGUCAUCCCGCCAGCCACGCGUCCCCAAAUGGGCCGACUUCUGCGACUGCCACCUUUCCGAGCUUUCAAGCCUCGGCUGCUGUGUGUGCCACCUAGAAAGCUCUCGUGGAUUUAUGCGACUGUGGCAGGAGAAUGUUUUAUAUACACUUAAAUAUUAAAAAAAAACAAAACUUUACAAUGUAAUUUUAUAACAAAUCCUGUAACAGAAAUACAAUUGCGGGUCUCGGUAGGUUCAGGGAGCUGGAGUAGGUCACUUGUAUGACUAGGAUGUUAGCUGUAUACUUAGGUAAAACUGUUCUAAUGAAGUAUGUGAGCAAAAUAGCUGGUUUUCUAAGAGAGGGGAUACGGGUCACAUAACACUAUUUUAUAUUUUGUUUUAAUGAAAUCAGUUUUACUUGUAUCAUUGAAUGUGUUUUAAACUAAAGGGAUUGAAUUUUGUAUAUCUAUUUCA